UUCAACUAUCCUUUAUUCCUUUCCAACACAAAACAGAGCACAAUCACCGAAAAGACCAAACUAACCUCCCUCUUUCUCUCUCUUUCUCUCUGUUCAUCGGAAUAUUCUCUGCCAUGUCAGAUCCAACGCAAAACCACGCCUCCGCGCACCACCAGCCCAGCCGCUUGCAGAGGCGCGCUCCGUCGUCACUCCAGAUAAACCGCGCCGUCGACUGGAACGUCGCCAUCCCUCUCCUCUCACCGCUCACUUCGUCGCCGACCACGCAGCAACCAGAUCAUCCGAAGCCGCAGGAUCCGCCGCAGCGCCACCACGACUCCCCCGCUGAGAAGAAGACCGCGGCGGCGGCUUUCAUGAAGUGGCAGCACCCGGCGGCUCCCUUCUUCUACGAGCCCGCUCCAGGGGUGCCUUCGUUCGUUCCCGUGUAGAUAGGAAGAAAAAAAAUAAUAUAGAAGAAAUGAGAGAAAAUAUUCUAAUGGUUCAUAAUUAGGCGAGGAUCAAGAUCUAACGGUGUAUGAUGUUUCCUCUUUUUUUUUUUCGGUGUUUGGGAAUAGGCUUUAGCUCAAUUUUUGCAUACAGAGGAUUGCGAUUCCUCAGUGUGUUUCUUGUUUCUUUUGUUACUUUUAAGCUUUUUCCCCCUUCUUUGUUAAUUUCUAUGGGGCCAAAAUUAAAAUAAUAAAAAAUAAUUAAAAAAACUUCACAGUUU